UCUCCCACUCGAUUUUCCAAGACAGCCAAAAAAAAAAAAAAACAAAUUCAGAAAAAAACGACAAGAGAGAAGCCAUGUCUUCGCCGAGCAAGCGUAGAGAAAUGGAUUUGAUGAAACUGAUGAUGAGUGACUACAAGGUGGAGAUGAUCAAUGAUGGUAUGCAAGAGUUCUUUGUCGAAUUCAAUGGUCCCAAAGACAGUAUUUAUGAGGGAGGUGUGUGGAAGAUAAGAGUCGAACUUCCUGAUGCUUAUCCUUACAAAUCUCCAUCUAUCGGUUUCAUUACCAAAAUAUACCACCCGAAUGUCGAUGAAAUGUCAGGUUCUGUUUGUUUAGAUGUUAUUAACCAGACCUGGAGCCCGAUGUUCGACUUGGUGAAUGUGUUCGAGACGUUUCUUCCUCAACUUCUUCUGUAUCCGAAUCCGUCAGAUCCAUUGAAUGGAGAAGCAGCUGCGUUGAUGAUGCGUGAUCGUCCUACCUAUGAACAGAGAGUUAAAGAGUAUUGUGAGAAAUACGCAAAGCCAAGGGAGGAUGCUGAGGACAUGUCUAGUGACGAUGAAAUGAGUGAAGAAGAAUAUGCCUCAGACGGUGAUGACGAAGAUGAUGUUGCAAUCGCGGGUAAACUUGAUCCUUAAUCCUCAUUGGUCUUGGUAUGCAUCAUGUGGCUGGUUCAAGUUUGUGACUUUGUAUGUAUAUGAAUAAUCAAUGAAUGUUUAAAGGUUCCUUCUUUAAUUGAACUGUAAAAUCUCUCUUUCUCUGGUUGUUUACUUUCUAUCUCCUUUUUUAUGGCGUCUAAUGUAAAUAAUUGAAGAUCCUUCUUUAAUCUUCAUGUUAUUGUGCA